AUUCCUAUAUCAAGCCUGAGGGACACAGUCCUGGAACUGGCCGUAUUUGAUCAACACAGGAGAAAGUUUGAUAAUUUCAGUUCACUAAUUCUAGAAUGGAAAUCCUCAAAUGAAACACUAGCUCACUUUGAAGAUUAUAAAUCAGUGGAGAUGGUAGCAAAGGAUGAUGGCAGUGGGCAGACCUGGCUACAUGGUCAUCAGAUCCUAAAAGUACAUCAGUUAAAAGGGACUGUACUCAUUGGAGUCAAUUUUGUGGACUAUUCAGAGAAGAGAAGUCCAAAGGAACUUUCCGACCUGCCCAGAUCUGCACGGGUGGAGCUGCUCCUGGUGGAUGAUGUAACUGUAUUGCCUAAGAAUGCCACCAUCUAUAAUCACCCUGAUGUGAAGGAAAUAUUUAGCCUUGUGGAAGGGUCUGGUUAUUUUUUAGUCAACAGCAGUGAGCAGGACAUUGUCACAAUCACUUACAUGGAAGCAGAAAGCUCUGUCCAGUUGGUUCCAGUACAGCCUGGAUUUCUCACCUUGGAGGUCUAUGAUCUGUGCUUGGCUUUCUUGGGUCCAGCAAUGGCCCACCUCAGAGUGUCAGAUAUACUAGAGCUGGAACUUGAUCUGAUUGAUAAGGUUGAAAUAGGUAAAACUGUACUAGUAACUGUAAGGGUUCUUGACUCUUCCAAACGCCCAUUCCGAAAUAAAUACUUCAGAAACAUGGACCUCAAACUGCAGGUGGCUUCUGCCAUUGUCACCCUGACGCUGAUGGAGGAACAAGACGAAUACUCUGAAAAUCAUAUCCUUCAAGCUGCCACUGUUGGGCAAACCACACUUGUGGCUACUGCCAGGGACAAGAUGGGGAGAAAAGUCACAUCAGCGCCUCAGCAAAUUGAAGUGUUUCCUCCAUUCAGACUUAUUCCAAAGAAAAUGACACUGAUUCCAACGAACAUGAUGCAGGUAAUGUCUGAAGGUGGCCCCCAGCCCCAAUCUAUCAUUCAAUUCUCCAUCAGUAACCAGACUGUAGCUGCUGUUAAUAGGAGGGGGCAAGUUACAGGGAAGGUGGUUGGCACAGCUGUGGUCCAUGGCACCAUCCAGACAGUAAAUGAAGAUACUGGCAAAAUCAUUGUGUUUUCCCAGGAUGAAGUGCAGAUCGAAGUUGUUCAGCUAAGGGCUGUUAGGAUCCUUGUAGCUACAACUCGACUCAUCACAGGUACUGAGAUGCCAGUUUAUGUCAUGGGAGUGACCAGUACCCAGACCCCUUUCUCCUUUAGCAGUGCCAACCCUGGGCUCACAUUCCACUGGUCCAUGAGCAAAAGGGAUGUAUUGGAUCUAGUGCCCAGGCAUUCAGAGGUUUCUCUGCAGCUCCCAGUAGAGAAUAACUUUGCCAUGGUUGUCCACACAAAAGCAGCUGGUCGGACCAGUAUCAAAGUCACCAUCCGCUGUAUGAACAGUUCCUCUGGGCAGUUUGAGGGAAAUUUGUCAGAACUGUCUGAUGAAGUUCAGAUCCUGGUGUUUGAAAAACUCCAACUUUUCUAUCAAGAGUGCCACCCUGAGCAAAUUCUGAUGCCAAUGAACUCUCAGCUCAAACUCCAUACUAAUAGGGAAGGGGCCGCCUUUGUGAGUUCCCGUGUGCUCAAGUGUUUCCCUAAUUCAUCUGUCAUUGAGGAGGAUGGUGAAGGGCUCCUGAAAGCUGGUUCCACUGCAGGUACUGCUGUGUUGGCAGUCACUUCUAUAGAACCUUUUGGAGUCAACCAAACAACCGUAACUGCGGUUCAGCCAGUUAGAGGUGAACCGGGGAUGUGGAUGAUUUCCGCUGCCAAUAUUCUACAAAUAGACAUUGUCACUGGGGUAGGAGUGGCCAGGAGCCCGGGAAUAGCAACAGUCUUUCAUGACAUACCAGGAGUGGUGAGAACGUAUCGAGAGGUGAAGGUCAACGCAUCAUCAAGAUUAACACUCAGUUAUGACCUCAAGACUUACCUCACCAAUGCCCCCGAUUCAACGGAGUUCAAGUUCUUCAUCACCACUGGCAGAAAUGGUGUCAAUCUUAAAGGCUCCUGCACCCCAAGUCAGGCCUUGGCCGUCACAACACUUCUUCCAGAGACUUUCAUGUUGUGCCAUGUACAGUUCAGUAACACACAGCUGAACAUUCCAGCAAGUGAAGUCUUUCAUGUCCAGUCAGAUUUCAGCAUGGGGAAAGGGGUUUACGUCUGCCUGAUUAAAGUUCGACCCCAGUCAAAGGAGUUUCUCCAGGCCCUCAGCUUGGCUGACACCUCCGUCUAUGCGUGGGCCACACUUGUCAGUGAAAGUAGCAAGAAUGGAAUGCAAAGAAUUCUCAUUCCUUUCAUCCCAGCCUUUUACAUCAACCAGUCAGAAUUGAUUCUUAGCCACAAACAAGAUGUUAGAGAGAUAAGAAUACUGGGAGUGGAUAAAGUUCUUGAGAAGCUAGAGGCCUUCCCCAGCUCCCCAGCUCUAGUGGUCUCUCGCCAGAGGCGCUCUUCCCUCACGCCUGGCCUGGCUAUCUACCUGGUAGGAGUAGUCAACUUUACCUCCCUGCAGCACAAGGCAUCACCUGUUUUCAUCAACAUUUCCUGUGUGCUCACCGGUCAAAGGGAGGCCGUACUAGUGAGAGCUAUGAAGAAGUCUGGUGCAGAUCAAUGUGAAGAUUCAGGUGUCCUCCAGAAGUUCGUGGGCUCUCAUCAGAUCCUCCUCUUUACCCUCUUUGCGGUGUUGGCAUCAACAGCUUUCAUCUUUCUAGCAUAUAAUGCCUUCCUAAACAAGAUGCAGGCAGUCCCAGUUGUUUACGUGCCAACUCCAGGAACACCACAGCCAGGUUCUUACACCUCCACACAUUCUUCCCCUCCCUUCAUGAGUCCACAACGCCCCCCAGUCCAGAGUCGGCUACAACACUGGCUAUGGAGUCUAAAGCACUAA